GAGGAUGUUUCCCAGCUUCAAGGUCAAAGUGACGGGUAUGAACCCCAAAACCAAAUACAUCCUUCUCACAGACAUCGUCCCCGCAGACGACCACCGAUACAAAUUCUGUGAGAAUAAAUGGUUGGUGGCUGGCAAAGCGGAGCCGGCGAUGCCAGGCAGACUUUAUGUACAUCCUGACUCUCCUGCCACCGGCGCUCACUGGAUGAGACAGCUGGUGUCGUUUCAGAAGCUGAAGCUCACAAACAAUCAUCUGGACCCUUUUGGACAUAUCAUUCUGAACUCCAUGCACAAGUACCAGCCCAGACUUCACAUAGUGAAAGCUGAUGAAAACAACGCCUUUGGAUCGAAGAACACUGCCUACUGCACUCGCGUUUUUCAUGAGACGGCUUUUAUUUCUGUAACUUCUUAUCAGAAUCAUAAGAUCACUCAGCUGAAGAUAGAAAACAACCCGUUUGCUAAAGGAUUUCGAGGCAGUGAAGGAGAUCUGCGUGUUUCCAGAAUCGACGGGAAGGAAUAUCCAGUUAUAUCAAAGAACACGGUCCGUCAGCGGAUGAUUUCCUCACACGGCCACCUCGCAGCAAAACUCCGUGGAGGAGCUUUCCCAGGGCACGCUCAAGUCCUGUCUUCCUAUCAGAAUGAAACUGGGAUUCCUCUGUCUAACUCAGGAUCUAGUGAUGCUCUCUCACCCACCUUUCCUCAGAGUAAAGAAAGCCUUAUGUAUCACUGCUUUAAACACAGAGAUAAUACUCGAUACUUGGAGUUUGACUGUAAGAGACCAUAUUUGGAGUCAUCUUCAAAGGAGCAUUAUUUCCGUUCACCUUAUGAGUCACCUUUACUGUCUCAUGCCUACUGCACUGAUGCAAUCACGUCCAGGGAAGCUUGCAUGUACAAUGGUAUGGAGACAGAGUCUGGGGCAGUGGACAAAGAUGACCUAACCCACUCUCCUUCACUGAACUGCAACAUGUGGGCCACAGUGCAGUCGUACCCUUGUUACAGCGUUGAUGGAGUCCCACACCAGCCCUUCCCCAACCCUGCCAUACCACAACCUGCAUCAUCAAUGGUGUCACGACCACCGCAGGCUGACCCGUGGGUUUAUAACUCAGCUCCAAUACAGAGAGGAGUUCCCCUACUGUCGCCAUCAUCUUCAUCUUCAUCAUGCUCUCCAGCUGUUCCUGUUUCUAAUGAUACAUCAAGUAAUCCACCUCUGUAUCACAAGAAGCCAGGCUCAUCUGUCUGGCCUCACAGAGAUUUCUCAGCCUGCUCCAGCCAAGGAGCUUUAUCCAUCCCUGAUUCACCUUACCAGUACACAGCAGGGCUAAGUAGUACCGGCAGUCCCUGGCCUGACAGCUAAGAUUGACUCAACAGCUAAUGUGGCCCACCAGUUUGACUCAACAGCUAAUGUGGCCCACCAGUUUGACUCAACAGCUAAUGUGGCCCACCAGUUUGACUCAACAGCUAAUGUGGCCCACCAGUUUGACUCAACAGCUAAUGUGGCCCACCAGUUUGACUCGAUGUACAGCCCUGAAGAUUUCCAAAGUCUCAGUGAGGACUCUGGAUAUUAGUCAGUGUUAAGAAACAACACUUCAUGUGUUUGACAGUCGCUAUAUUGGUACAGUACAUGUUCCGAUACAGUACUACCAGACCAUCAAAUCAAAGUGACUUAUGGGUUUGAGGAGUAUUUGGAGUGUCAGUCAGCUUACAGGUACAAAAAACAGUCCUGUAAGACAUACACAUGUACUGUCAACAAAAUGAACUAAACAUAAAUAAAUGAAUAAAUAAAUAAAUGAAUAAAUAAAUAAACAGAAGAAAUAUAUUAAUUUAUAGGAAGAAAAUGAUCAAAUACAGCACUUGUUUUUGGAAAGCAAUUUAAAAUGGUAUAUACACUGCAAAA